AUGCUAGGCCCUAAUCAUUUACCAACAAGUGCAGAUAUAAGGGGUGAAAAAAUUCAAUAUGAGGCAAAAACUUUUCCAGCAGACUUUAAAUUUGGUGCAUCUACAUCAGCUUAUCAAAUAGAAGGUGGUUGGGAUGCUGAUGGUAAAGGAUGGUCGAUGUGGGAUCAUCUUGUACGAACCGAUCCAAACUUUAUUGCUGACAAUACAAAUGGAGACAUCUCCGCAAAUUCAUAUAAGUUAUAUAAACGUGAUGUUGAAAUGCUGAAGGAAUUGGGUGUAAACAUUUAUAGAUUUUCAAUAUCAUGGCCAAGAAUUUUGCCAUACGGUCGUGCUGAUUACAUCAACCCAUAUGGAAUAGCCUAUUAUAAUGCGCUCAUUGAUGAGCUAUUAGCUAAUGGUAUUACACCAUUUGUUACAAUGUAUCACUGGGACUUACCUCAAAAUCUAAGCGAACAAGGUGGAUGGCUAAAUGAAGAUUUAGUGGAAAUUUUCGGGGAUUAUGCGAGAGUAUUAUAUGAGAAUUUUGGCGAUAGAGUGAAACAUUGGUUGACUAUAAAUGAGCCAUAUAUACACUGUUAUCAAGGAUAUGUUACAACUAAUCAUGCUCCGAGAAUAUAUCUUCCAGCAACAGGUUUUUAUGAAUGCGGUCGACAAAUUCUUUUGGCUCAUGCAAGGGCUUAUCACAUAUAUCAAAACGAAUUCAAGUGGCAAGGUGGACAAAUCGGCAUAGUAUUAAGUAUGGAUUGGGGAUAUCCAGUCACUGAUUCUGAGGAUGAUGCUGAGGCUGUUCUUGAUUAUUUUGCGUUCCAUCUCGGGCAGUUUAUGGAUCCUAUAUUUACGGAACAAGGCAAUUACCCGCAACGUUUUAUCGAUCGCAUUGCAAAUAAAAGCGCUACACAAGGUUAUCAAAUUUCUAGAUUACGUCCAUUUAAUGAACAACAAAUAAAUUAUAUAAGAGGUUCAGCAGAUUUCUUGGCAUUGAAUCAUUAUACAAGUGACUUUGUAUACAGAAAUGCUUCCGUCAUUGGAAAGUACGAAGUACCUUCUUUAAACGAUGAUGCUGGAUUUGGCACGUACAAAGAUCCGAGUUGGCCAUCCAGCGCGAGUCUUUGGUUGCGGGAGCAUGCACCAGGAUUUUACAAUCUUCUGGUGUAUAUAAAAGAAACAUAUAAUAAUCCUAUAAUUUAUAUUACUGAAAAUGGUGUUUCUAGUAGUACUGGAUUAAAUGACGACGGAAGAGUCCAAUACUUUAGAAAUUAUUUAAGUGCUUUAUCAGAUGCAAUAUCUGCUGGCGUAAAUGUGCGAGGUUACUGUGCUUGGAGUCUUAUGGAUAAUUUUGAAUGGGCAUUUGGUUAUGUGUGA